UCCCUCCGUCUCUCACCCUCCCUGUCUUUCUCUUUCUCUCCCUGGGGAAUUUAGUGGGCUAUGUUAUAAUGUCUGUCCCGCAUUGGUAAUCCUGCCCUUUGCAGAACGAAUCCGUUGGACUGGAGCCUUCCUAUUGAGACGCAGGACGCACAGCCAAGCUUUACGCGAGGCUCAUCAUUAAAAACAAAACGGGGCAGAAAACAUUUUAGAGGAGCGAUUUUUGUUGGAGAAGUUGCAUGUGAAAGCUUUGUAAGGGAUUGUCUAUCAAGCUGUUCUAGAGCGGAGCAGAGUGGAUAGAAACACUAUGGGAUAUCCCGAGAAGAGAUGGGGAGUUGGAUGGACGCUCUUGGUUUGGGUUGCGGUUAUGUGCUUGGUUUUAGCGGAUGGACGGAGACUGAGGCAGCCGAGGUGUCCCAUAGGAUGCUCCUGCACUAAGGACAAUGCACUGUGUGAGAAUGUCCGAUCUGUGCCACAUACUUUUCCCAGUGACGUCGUGUCUCUAUCUUUUGUAAAGUCAGGAUUCAAUGAAAUAUCAGCUGGAAGCUUUGUCCACACACCUGCCCUGCAACUGCUGUUAUUCACUGCCAAUACAUUCGAUCUUAUUGACGAAGACGCUUUCCUCGGGCUACCACAUCUUGAGUAUCUAUUCAUUGAAAAUAACAAAAUAGCCUCCAUAUCUCCUUUUGCUUUCCGGGGCUUGAAGACUCUGAUACAUCUGAGUCUGGCGUACAACAACCUUGAUACGCUGCCUAAAGAUGUGUUCAGGGGCAUGGAGGCGCUGACCAAAGUGGAUUUACGCGGAAAUAAUCUUGUGUGUGACUGUAAACUGAAGUGGCUGGUGGAGUGGAUGCACCAGACCAAUGCCACCCUGGACGAGAUCCACUGUAGUGGCCCACCUUCUCACCAGGGGAGGAAGAUCAAUGACCUGUUGCCACACUCCUUUGACUGCAUCACUGCGGAGUUUGCCUCCUAUCAGUCACUGAAAUUUGAAUCCAUAUCCGUGGAGGCUUUUACCUUUGGCAUGGACCAGUUUGUUGUGUUUGCCCAACCAUUUGCUGGAACAUGCAGUUUUUUAGAGUGGGAUCACGUUGAGAUGAAUUUCCGAAGUUUUGACACAAUAGAAAGCACCUCUACUGUAGUCUGCAAGCCCAUGGUCAUCGACAACCACCUCUUUAUCAUUGUGGCUCAGUUGUUUGGGGGUUCCCACAUUUACAAGCGUGACAUAUCUGCGAAUAAGUUCAUCAAGAUCCAGGACAUCGACAUCCUGAAGAUCCGUAAGCCCAAUGACAUCGAAACGUUUGUGAUCGAUGGGGAAUCUUUCUUCAUUAUCGCUGACAGCUCCAAGGCUGGCUCCACCACAGUGUAUAAGUGGAACGGUAAUGGCUUCUACUCUCACCAGUCCCUCCACCCCUGGUACCGGGACACAGAUGUGGAGUAUGUGGAGAUGUCCGGAAAGCCUCACCUGAUCCUGUCCAGCAGCUCCCAGAGGCCUGUGGUGUACCAAUGGAACCGCAUCAUGAAGCUGUUUGACCGCCGCACGGACAUACCCGACAUGGAGGAUGUGUUCUCGGUCAAGCACUUUCGGGUCAAAGGUGAGCUGUUUAUCUGCCUGACAAGAUUCAUUGGGGACUCCAAGGUGAUGCGCUGGGACGGAGCCAUGUUCAAAGAGGUCCAGACAUUCCCCUCUCGCGGCUCCAUGGUGUUUCAGCCUGUCACCAUCGGCAACUGGCAGUACGCCAUCCUGGGCAGCGACUACUCUCUGACACAGGUCUACCAAUGGGACACUAAGAGGGGCCACUUUGUCUCAUCCCAGGAGCUGAACAUCCAAGCCCCAAGAGGGUUCGCGCUGGCUGCUAUCGAUGAGCGCAUCUUUCUUUUUGCGUCCAGCUUCAAGGGAAAAACGCAGAUAUACGAGCACCUCAUGAUUGACCUCAGUAAUUAAAUUGAAAUAUUGGGACUCGCAAUCAAAUUUAAAUUGCAAUUCCAAUUGUAUCUAAUUUUUUCCUCUAAAAUUUGAAUACAGGAACCAGUGACAUUCAGGCCUCCUGGUACUCAGGCAUAUUUAGCAGUUAAGGUCUGAAUUGAGUUUUGCUUAGAGCUUGUGUAGUUACUGUUAGUAAUGUAUGAAUGAAUAACACACAAAAUUGUAAAGUGACUGUAAAAGCAUUAUAUAAGAUGAAGGUUAGACAUAUGUUUCAUAUAUGCCUGUAGUAGCUAUAAUUUACUUGGUUUAGACAUUGUUCUCUAUAGCCCAGGUCAUUACAAUGCAACAAGAUGAAUACCCACAGGUUUAAUAAGCCUGAUUAAAAAAAGGAAAAAACAGUUGAUGAAAGUGAAGCAGUGAUGAAAUUUUGAAAAAAAAAAAAGUCCUAUCAGAUGCUUUUCUGAAAGGCUUCUGAUAAUAAUACCUCUGGAUGAAUAACUUGCCAGGAGUAUCCCAUUGUCCAUAAUUCUGUUUUUUGCCCCUCUGUAAGAAUGUUUGUUCCUGGUGUAAGCAUCAAAGAGGACCAAGAGUUUGAAACAUAAAGUCAGAAGGGUCCUUCCUUCCUCCUUCAGGAGGGUCCUUCUUCUGGUCUGCAUGGUGUCUUCUGCACCCCACUGGUGGGCACGUGUUAUUUACUUGCACGUGUUAUUUUUAUAAGUUUGAUGUAGUGCUGCACUGCUAAGUGUAGAUACUUUACACCUCCUAACCCACUACCUGUAUUUUCAUUAUGUUCUCUUUCUGAGACUUACACAAAACACUGUUACACUAACUCACUGCAUUUAUAUUUGCCAAAUAUGUUUUGUAAAGUAAUUUAUAUUUAUAAUAUUGCUGUUGUAGGCUUUCCAAAAAGACUGUUUUUAGACAAUGUAGAACUUAGCUCCUAAUUUAGAAAUGACCAUUUCCUCUAUAAUGUAGACUUAUUACAUACUACCAUUAUAGCGAACAGUUGGCUAUUUUUUUAUUUUUUAUUUUUUUGGAAAACUAGAAAUAAAUGUGUUAUUCUGAAUGAAUGGUUUUAUGGGUACAUGCACCCCCAAAACUACACAAAAGAGGAGACAGGGCUGAAGGUGGUCAGAGUUCAAGUUCAGUUCAACUAUGA